UUCCAAUGACAUCGCGAGUAACAACAAGGUUGAUUUCAUCCGGACUUGUGGCUUCUACAGGUUCAUUAGCAUCGUUUCACAAGCUCGUAGCUUGUGGCAACCCUGUCAUUUUACCUUGUUCAUGUCUUCGUGUCAGCUGCUGACUUGGCCUCCUCACUUGCAGCCACUCUGCGUCAGACCCACCAGACCUCAGGUCACUUCACGGGACCUUCCAUGGCACCGGCCGGGGGCCCUGCAGGGCGGCUGGCCAGGGGAACGCAGGUGUUCUGAGUGGUGGUGGAUGCCCUGACGUUUUGCAGUCUCCUCGCCAUGGCUGCGGCUCUGCCGGUGUGCUUCCACGGCGCCAUCAGCAAGAAGGAGUGCGAGGAGCUUCUGGGCCAGAAGAACAAGGAUGGAGCUUAUCUGAUCCGAGACAGCGAGACCAUUCGGGGGGCCUUGUGUCUGUGUGUCUAUAAAAAGAAGGUGGUGUAUACCUACAGACUUCUUCAGACAUGCACUGGACAGUACACUCUCCAGGGGAGCGAAGCGUUUUUUAAGACCUUGGACGAUCUGGUCCGAAACUAUAAGAGAAAGAACCAGGGCCUGGCCAUGCACCUGCGGCACUCGGUCAAACGGAAGUCGGCCUUGUUGAUCAGAUACCCAACACCACCGCAAAGACCACGUGCAGAAGAGGGCGACUAUGCGAACGCUUCGGACCCUGACUACGUUGAAGUUUACCCUGAAUAACUUUGACUUCAAAUACUUGAAGAAAGUGGAGGAACUAUCUGCACAAAGGACGCGAGAUGCACCGACUGAAUCGAACUCAGAAGAGUGAAGAAGAGAAAAACAAUUGGACAAUAAUGGAGACAUGAGAACAGAGAUCUUUGUCUGUCUGGUCUGUAGUUUGAUAGUUUUAAGUUUAGUGGCAAGUCCACCACUUCGGCCCAGACUGAAUUAACUCAACAACUAUUCAGUGGAUUGUUGUGAAAUGUGUUUCAGACAUUCAUGUUGACCGGAGGAUGAAUCAAUGUACACAUUUUCUUGGUGAUCAGCCGAUUUUCUCUCUACUUUUGCCAGAAAGUUGACAUUGGUAGUUUGGAACUGACAACUAUUGAAUGGAUUUCCAGGAACUCUGACACAUAGUUCUCCUCCUCCUCGUCAUGUAUGAAUGCCACAACAUAAGUGAAUAUUAACCUCUGCCGGUAUUUAUCUCUGUCAGUUUAAAAAAAAAUUGUGAUUAUGAAUAUAUGUCAGUGUCAAGUAGAACAGUGCAGCAACCCCACAAACCACAGAUACACAUACACAGUAUGAACUUUUUAAACACAGGGCUCUUGUAUUGGAUUGCACACAGGGGGGCUGAACUAGAAUGUGGUUGACCAAAUAAACCAGAGAGAUUACAUGAUUAAAAA